AACGGUUAAGCGAUAGCCCCUUUGAGACACUGGAAUUCUGGCUAACGGAUCCCCGUAUAUGCUCUUUCUUCGUUACCCAAGCAUUUAUGCAACCCUUCCACCAUGCACUCGAGUACACCCUUAUGUACAUCCAGCAUGGCCAAAUCCCUGAUUGUCCCCACACAUGCACAAUGACGGCGUAGACCCUCCUGACAUCUCCAACUCCAUCAACAGAGUUUAUAUCUCGACUUCAUAAUGGGAGCCCGAUACCGCUAUUAGUAAUACCGGUAGUCAUGAACUUGGCUCACCAUUACCGGCUGGUGCCGAGGAUCAGGGCGGCAUUGACAGCGGACGGCAGGGAUCGGCACUACAGUAUAGCUUCCCGCCCGCCGAGUUGAUAGGUACAUAAGUACGAGUAGGAGGACGGAUGACAGGACUUACUGUGACCUUUGAGUUGUUGGACUUCUUUUCUACUUUGACGAUUCUCUCAUUUGAUAUUUGGUAUUUGCUGACGAGUACCGGUGUAGGGGCAGAGACUUCACCCAUUGAAGGAUAGUUUGGAUUACGUAUCCAUAUCGAGCUCCGCGAGGUAACCAUCAAGUACUCUUGUACCACAUCAUCGAGUCUGGCAACCACCUCAUCUCAGUAUCAACUCUUCGGUUCAUAUACCACUACCAGCUCUCGAUUCUCACUCUGAGGAACUCAACGUCCUUCAACCCAUCUCCAAAACCCAAAAGACCUCAGAAAUCACAAAGCAAAAACAAUGUCCCCACCAACAACCCGUCUCCAAGCCCUAACCUCCCACUUCCUCCCCUCAUCCUCAUCCUCUUCCUCUUCCCCGUCACCAUCACAACCACACAUCCACCAGCUCUCACCAACCUUCUUCCUCCCCCGCGCCGCGGAGAUCGAACCCGAUGCUCCUGCCAUCUACCAUGUGACUAGUAAUGGGAAGACGUUACGACGCUCGUACGAGGGGUUCGCGGAGAGAGCUAGGGGGCUGGCGUUCUUUUUUAAGGGGAGGGGAUCUAAGAGGGUGGGUUUACUGAUGCCGAAUACGCCGGCUUUUUUGGAGUGUGUUUUUGGGGUUGGGGCGGGGGGUGGGGUUUGUGGUAUGUGGAUUUCUUUUUUCUUUUCUUUUAUGUUUUUCUUUUUUUGUUCCUUGGGGUUGGUUAUUAGGGUUGUUGGUUUUGAGGACUGUUGGUUUUGAGGAUUGUUGAUUUUGAGGAGUUUUGGUGGUUUGAUGUGGGAGAGGAAGAGGGUGAGGUAGUCAGUCGGUUGUUGGUUACUGCUGGUUUUUGUGGGACCUGAUGGAGCCUCAUCCGCUCAUUCCUCUUCGGGUGUAGUAUUACUUUUUCCUUACUUUUUUCGUUCAACUCCGGCUUUGCUAUUUGCUUUGAGGGGUUGAACGAGAUGUUUUUCCUUGGGGGUUGUGUUCAUAUUCUCUUGGGCCUUGGUAUGGGGUGUGUUUGAGCUGAGUUAGUGCUUUCCCAACAUACAAACCUCUAAUGAAUAACUGGGUGUUUCAGUGGUUUGAUUAUUUUCAUAUUUCAUUCCAAAGCCUUCGGAAUUGUGGGAUGGAAGCGCUGAUCUGAGUCUCAUUUAGUUCCGGUAAACUACAGGCUCAAAACGGAAGACAUUUCUUAUAUCCUUGACUUUGCUGAAGUAGGUUCCCAUUUAAGAACUUAGGAUCCGUCCUGAAGUUGAAUUGUAUCAAAGGUGACUGAUCAUAUUCACAGGUAGACAUUAUCAUUGUUGAUGACGAGUUUACUCCCCUCUUAGAUGAUUACAAGAAAAGCCACCCACAUGUCCCCGUGAUAGUUGACACCGAUACAGACGCCACAGAAGGUCCAUUAUCAGGUCCUUUUGAUCAGGCCACCCUGGAAGGACUGAAUUACGACAAGCAGAAUGGGAAUCAGGGAUGGGCUGGCUUGGAAGCUCAAUGCGAGGAUGAAAACGAUACCAUUGCUGUUCCUUUCACUAGUGGAACGACGGCGAAACCAAAGGGUGUUGUUUAUACUCAUCGAGGUGCUUAUUUGGCGGCUUUGGGUAAUGUCAUUGAGAGUGGAUUGAAUUAUAAUGUUGGACGGUGUAGGUACUUGUGGACCUUGCCAAUGUUUCAUGCUAUGGGUGUAAGUAUCUCCUAAUCCGACAUGUACUAUGUUAAAAGCUAACUUUUAAUUUAGUGGAGUAAGUGAAAUCCCACAUCAGACAGUUUAUAAACCUAUUCUAAUGAACUUAGCCUUUCCUUGGGCAGUCACAGCAGUUCGAGGAACCCAUUACUGUCUCCGAAAAAUAGACUACCCUCUAAUCUGGAAAAUCCUCAAAGAGGAACAAAUUACACAUUUCAACGCCGCACCAACCGUCAAUACCAUCCUCUGCGCCUCCAAAGCAGCCAUCAAACUAGACCACCCCGUCCGCGUGACCGUCGCCGCAUCCCCUCCAACCGCCCACCUCUUCGAACAAAUGACCAACCUAAACCUCUUCCCCGUCCACGUCUACGGCCUCACAGAAACCUACGGCCCCAUCACAAAAGGCUACCACAUGCCCCUCUGGGAAACCCUCCCCUUGAAAGAAAAAUAUACCCGCAUGGCCCGUCAAGGCCACGGCUUCCUCCCCAGCCUGCCCAUCCGUAUCGUCAAACCCGAGCAAGCCUCCGAAGGGAUCCUUAUCGACGUCGCCAAAGACGGCAAGGAAAUCGGCGAGAUCCUCUUCUUUGGUAAUAUCUGCGCGAAGGAAUAUCUUAAAGACCCCGUCGCAACUCAAAAGCUCUUUGCGGGAGGUGGUCUUCACAGUGGCGAUCUUGCGGUUUGGCAUCCGGAUGGGAGUGCGCAGAUUCUGGAUCGGGCGAAGGAUAUUAUUAUUUCGGGGGGUGAGAAUAUUUCUUCGGUUGCGUUGGAGGCUAUGCUGGUGCAGCAUCCUGGUGUGUUGGAGGCGGGGGUUGUUGCUGUGACGGAUGAGCGGUGGGGGGAGAGACCGGUGGCUUUUGUUACGUUACAAAGUGGGCAGGAAUUGAAGGGAGAGGAUGUUGUGGAGUGGGCGAAGAAAGAGAGUGCGAUUAGUCGGUUUAUGGUUCCUAGGGAGGUGGUGGUUGUGGGGGAGUUGCCGAAGACUAGUACGGGGAAGGUGAAGAAGAAUGUUUUGAGGGGGUGGGCGAGGGGGGAUUAUAGUGAGAAGUAG